AUGUCCGAAUCAGAAAAGACCCUGGCGGGAAUCAUUGCUAUUAACACUGUUGUAUUUGCCUGUUGGCAAAUUCCUCGCUUAACUCCCUUUAUGAGUAAAUGGUUCUUACAUUUACCCGGGAGUAGACAAAACAUCACCCUAUUAACUAGUUGCUUUUCUCAUCAAGAGAUCUUCCAUUUUGGUUUAAAUAUGGUUGGUCUGUGGUCAUUUGGCAAGGUUAUCCAUGAUACAUUGGGCCGCGAACAAUUCCUGGCAAUGUAUCUAUCUGCUGGCAUUGGUGCAAAUGUUGUUAGCCAUGUGUGCAGCUUGGCAUUACGUAAUUCAAGACCUUUGAUACCUAGUUUGGGUGCAAGCGGUGCAAUUUAUGGUCUAGUUGCCUCCACUGCUGUUUUACAUCCUAAUUCAAGUAUUAGCCUCAUUUUCUUACCAAUGAUCCCCAUCAAAUUGGGGUAA